AAAAAUCGUUUUAGUUGGAAUAAUUCAAUGGUUUUUCUGAAAAUAACGAUCGCUUGAACAUCAAAAUGGUUGAGAUGAAUAACGAUGUGAAAACGAUGGGCAUUCCAAUAAAUAUGCAGCGAGUUUUUAAUCCACUAAUCGAAGCGGCAACACUUCGAUUGUCAGACUCACAAAUAGGAAAUUUUAAUGUAGCUAUCGAAGAUUUGAAUGAAACCAGUCAAUCAUCUGAUAAUGGAUCGUAUGUAACGAAUCGAGAGUUUGAGCUUCUGUAUCGUCAUUCUGUGACAUUAACGGCCGUUUACUGUGUGGCUUAUGUGAUAGUUUUUAUUGUUGGUUUAAUCGGGAAUAGUUUUGUUAUAGCGGUUGUCUUGCGAUCGCCACGAAUGCGAACCGUUACCAAUUAUUUUAUAGUGAAUCUAGCUGUUGCUGAUAUUUUGGUCAUAGUAUUCUGUUUGCCGGCCACACUGAUGAGCAACAUUUUUGUCCCAUGGAUUCUUGGUAAUAUAAUGUGCAAAGUUGUACCGUACAUACAAGGAGUAUCUGUUGCUGCUUCUGUUUAUAGUUUAUGUGCUGUAUCCAUUGACAGGUUUCUUGCUAUUUGGUGGCCUUUAAAGAUGCAAUUGUCGAAAAAACGUGCUCGCAUCAUGAUCGGUUGCAUUUGGAUAAUAGCAUUGAUCACAACAGUUCCAUGGGCAUUGUUUUUCCAAUUGGAAUGGGGGCUGUAUCAAGACUCGGAAAUAAUGCUGUGCCGUGAGGUGUGGCCACCCGGAUUCGAUGGUUCAUUGUAUUUUCUGAUUGCAAAUGUGCUCGCAUGCUAUUUGGUACCGAUGAUAUUGAUUACAUUUUGCUACAUUCUCAUCUGGAUUCGAGUAUCGAAGCGCUCGAUACCGGGCGAUACAAAAGACGCACAAAUGGAUCGUAUGCAGCAAAAGUCCAAGAUCAAAGUCGUUAAAAUGUUGAUUGCUGUUGUUAUUCUCUUUGUAUUGUCCUGGUUACCUUUGUAUCUGAUCUUCGCUCGCAUUAAAUUCGGCAAUCCUGAGAUGACCUCCGACGAAGAGGAAUUGUUGGAAAUUGCAAUACCAUUUGCACAAUGGCUAGGAUCAAGUAAUUCGUGCAUAAAUCCAUUAUUGUAUUCAUUAUUCAAUAAAAAGUAUCGUCGAGGAUUUGCAGCUAUCAUUCGAUCAAGAAGUUGCUGCACACGAUUGAGAUAUUAUGAAAAUGUUGCCAUUGUAUCGUCUUCAACAAGUACACGAAAAUCGUCACAUUAUCACAAUAAAAAGACGCAGUACAGCCCAUCUAUACGAUCCGAUGCCGUUUCAUAUAUUUAUGAUCAAAGCUCACAAAAACGACACGGUGUGCUUGGUAAACAAGAUAGCAACUUAUCACGUCAAAUGCUAUUGAAACAAGACAGUAACAAUUCGCGUCAGAUGCUACUCAAUAAACAGGAAAGUUUCAGUAGCAUAUCACGACAGGAUAGCAAAGACAGUAAUGCAUCGCGACAAUUGCUAUUGAAACAAGAAAGUCAUGGAUCACGGCAUUUAUUAUCGAAACAAGACUCACAAAUCUCAUAUAUUGAUACGCGCAAAAACUACUUAAUGCGACAAGAUUCGGAUUUAUCGAAACGUGAUUUAUUUUGCAAACAAGAUAGCACCAUUUCGUACAUAGAGCCAAGAAAAGGUAUUUUAAAUAAACAAGACACACAAAUCUCGUACAUUGAGAGCAAAAAGAAUUCAUUGUGCAGCCAGGACAGUGAUGCAUCAUACAUAGAUCAUCACAAACGUCAUCAACUAGUUAAACAAGAUUCGGUUGUAUCAUUUUCAGAUCAAAGGCCAUCAGAUAUGCACCGAGCACAAUUGGUGAAACAGGACUCAGUCAUUUCAUUUGCCGAUCAACGACGAGGAUAUUUGCUAAAACAGGAUUCUGUGCUGCAAUUUCCAUCAAUGAAUCGAAACAAUGACAUUCAUCCCCAUCAUCAUGUAUCGAUUUUAAAGAAAACCGACAGUCAAACCAAUUCACCGAAGAAAAGUAUUGAAUUCAUAGACUAACUCACUCGUCCGAUCAUCAAUGAGAGAGUGGGAUGAUUACAUUUUAGCAAAUGUAUCGUUUAAAAAUGCCGCCCACGACUAUCAACCAAUCAAAAUGAUGUUAUUUACACAUUAAAUAAGAGAUUUGGUCCGAAAAUAAUUGUAUAAUUAUUUUUUAAAAUGCACCAUGGAACAUCAAACAAACAAAAAUCGAUAAAUAGAAAAAAAAAUAAAUACAUUGUAGCGCACAAAAAACAAAUGUGCGCUAUGUGCUGUGAGCCUAACAUAUUAGGAACAAAAUGCAACUUGAAUCUGAUUAGUGAAACGUAUAUUAACUAUUUAUGGCUAAGUUUUAGUGUAGAUGAAUUGUGAUGAAAAGGGUAAAGGAAAAAAAAAAAACAAACAAACAACAACAAAAAACUGCACGCUUUUAGACAAUUUUGUUUGAUUUUAUACAAAACAAAACAAAAUGAAGAGCAUGUAAUUGCAUGCAACAUCUCCUCCUUUUUCCCCAUAUUAUACGAUUCAGGUAGGUUAAACACAGACACAAAUACACACAAUAAUACACAAACACAACAUGUGUCGAAUAUUUUUGAAGCGAUUAAUAUGAUGAAGACAAAAUAAAACAACACUUUAAACAAUAGCCACAUCGAAUGAAAUAUAACUAUCAAUCUGAAAAUUAUUAUUAGGUAAACUAAUAUAAAACACAAAUGACAAGCUAAGAAUCACUGAAUGCAAUCACUUCUAUCAUUAUCGUCAUUACAGUCAAACAUCAUUCAUUCUGGAUGUAUAUGGUGAUUGACAUUGAGCUGUUUUAACGGAGAAUAUCGCACACAAAUAAAAUAACUACGUUCAAAUGAACAUACAACAAGUAAAGACAAAAGGAACU